UGUAAUUCUGACAGGACCAGUUUCACGUUCCAUCAGUCUCUGGACAGGAAUUGCAGUGAAGAGAAGAAGCAGGCAGAUUUCAACCUUGGGCUGCGUUGGAAAAUUCCCUGGGCUCCAUCUGACUUACCCACUCCUGCAAGAUUCAACUGCAGUGUAGUCGAGGAGAAUGGACGGAGUCAGCAGCAACAGGACCAUGUCCUACAGCAGAUGGAGUUAUGACAGUGUACUGGAUGAUGAAGGCAGUAACCUGCGACAACAGAAGCUUGACAAACAGCGAGCUUUACUGGAACAGAAGCAGAAGAAAAAGCGCCAGGAGCCGCUGAUGGUGCAGUCAAACGUGGACAGCCGAUCCCGGGCUCGGCGGAUGAAGCAGUCAGAGGAGCAGGCCCCUCUGGUCGAGUCUUAUCUCAACAGUAACAGCAGCACCAUUUAUCAUGGAAUCGAUGGCCCAGCUGCCUUUCAGGAUGAUGUCCAGGAGGUGGGAAGUCAAGUUCAGAUUCUCACUGUAGGUCAAUCCAGCAAUGAAGAUGAGGACACAGACACAGCAGCGAGUGUGCAGCAGGCAACAAAGCAGGACCUCAGAGCAACGAUGCAAAAGAAAGGCAUUUCCAGUAGCAUGAACUUUGAUGAGGAAGAGGACGAAGAAGAUGAAGUUAGCUCCAGCUCUUCCCAAGUGAAUUGUAAUACCAGGCCAGGCUCGGCUUCAAGUAAAAAAUCCAAUAAGGAAGCUGCCUCUGUCUCAACCCCUCCAGCUGAUGCUCUAGUAAAUGUUGAUGACCUUGAGGAGUUUGGUGUGAGACCAGCUCCACAAGGAAUCACCAUUAAGUGCCGAAUCACAAGGGAUAAGAAGGGAAUGGACCGUGGAAUGUAUCCUACCUACUACCUCCACCUGGAAAGGGAUGAUGGCAAGAAGGUGUUCUUAUUGGCAGGAAGAAAGAGGAAGAAGAGCAAGACAUCAAAUUACCUCAUCUCUAUAGACCCCACUGACCUAUCACGUGGCGGAGAGAGCUUUAUUGGCAAGCUCAGAUCAAAUCUCAUGGGCACCAAGUUUACAGUGUAUGAUAAUGGAGUGAAUCCAGAAAAAGGAACUUCAAGCUUAGAUGCAUGCAAUUUGCGUCAAGAGCUAGCUGCUAUAUGCUACGAAACAAAUGUUCUGGGUUUCAAGGGACCUCGGAAGAUGAGUGUAAUCAUUCCAGGCAUGAAUAUGGAUCAUGAAAGAGUUUCUAUUAGGCCUCGCAAUGAGCAUGAAACCUUGCUGGCACGUUGGCAGAACAAAAACACAGAAAGUGUAAUUGAGCUACACAACAAAACCCCAGUAUGGAAUGAUGACACACAAUCCUAUGUCCUUAAUUUUCAUGGUCGAGUUACACAGGCUUCUGUGAAGAAUUUCCAAAUUAUUCAUGAUAAUGACCCGGAUUAUAUAGUGAUGCAGUUCGGCCGAGUGGCAGAAGACGUCUUUACCAUGGAUUACAACUACCCAAUGUGUGCACUGCAAGCAUUUGCAAUUGCUCUCUCAAGCUUCGAUAGCAAGCUAGCUUGUGAAUAAAUGGGGCAAUGGAAGUUCCUUCUUCAGUGUGGCAUAUAUGCUUCAAGGAGAAACUUACUUGCUUUGCUUCUACAUCUUGGUUGCAAAUCACAGUAAGAUAUGAUUCAUCUUCAGUAUCAUACAUUUCUAUGUAACUCUACAAGAUGACUGAAAUUACAUCAAGGUCCUAAAUCCGAUUUUUGGAUCCCAUUUUAAAUAUUUUAAUGAAAUGUGGAGCUGCUUUGUUUUUUUUAAUUUUUUAAAAGCAGGUACAGCUCUCUCCUUACUCCAUCUGGGUCAUUUUUAAACACUGACAGCGAUUUUGCCUGGAUCUUUGAAAUGGAACAUUGUCUUAAAAAGAAAAAAAAAGGAAAAAAAAACUUAUGAUGUGAAAAGGCAGCUAUAAAAUCCCAAGGGUGUUGAGUCAGACCAGGAGAGAAAGUUCAGCACGUUAGCCUUUCAAGUACUAACCUUUAUGUCAUUUCUGAAACCUAUUCAGAUCGUUCUUUUCGAAUUGGUCAGAAAUGUGUGUCAUGUCUGCUGAUUCAGUGCAGUAAUAAUUUUAUUUCAGGUGAUGAAAGAUGUUAAACAUCAGGACUCAUUUUAAGAGUUAAACAGUUUUAAAUUAUUCUCAUUAACUUCUACAUGCCUUUUAAUUUAUUGUCUGCUUUUUGUCUCUUUUGGCUUGAUCUUAUUUAAAUUAUAGCAUAAUUGGGAAUGAGGAAUUGCUCUACUCAUAUUGAGAUUGAGGCAGGGGGGAGAGAGAGAGACUUUGAAUUUAAUUAUGCUGUUUGUUAUACGUGCAUUCUUGGUGCUGACACUUGAAAAUGGAAGUGUCUUGUUCCCUGGUGGGGGGCAAAUGAAUACUACAAUAGUAAUGAUACAGAAAAUAUAAACAAAUAAAAGAUGUUGAGAAUCUGUUAUACUUAAUAUAACUGUAGUUCUGAAUGAAAUAAAGAAUUGCAAAGCUGGUUCGGAUUACACAUUAUAUUUCAUAAGGGCUCAAUUCUUCAAUCAAAUAAAUCUGAAAGUAGAUAAAAUUCACAAGUGAUGAUAUUCACAAAUUUCCAUGUGUGUUCAGGUGAAUGCAGGGCCAAAGUGCUGAAUUCUAGUGCUACAACAUACCGAUUAUUAAUACAGAUUAAAGUUAAUGUUAGAUUGUGGAAAUCAAAUCACAAGAAGGUUAUAAGAUGACUAGUGUGGCUGGAUUUCAGGGAGAUCAUGAAGGAGAAAGAAAUAAGUUAUAAGGUCAUAAGUCAGACAGAUGGAAGUUCAUGAGAAGCAUGGACCAAAUGGCCUGUUUCUAUGCUGAAUGAUCUACAGAAUUCUAUGAAAGUAACAUAACUGCAAAAGCUGGAAAUCUGAAAUAAAAACAGAACAUGCUGGAAAUGCUCAGCAAGUUAGGCAGCAUCAACGAAAAGAGAAGCAGUUAUCAUUAUCACUUCAUCAGAACUAGGAAAAAGUUGGUUUUAGAUUUUCGGGAGGGUGAGUGAGGAAUGGGCAACAGCAAUAUCCCUGAAAGUUAAAUUAAUUGUGGCUUCGUCAACGGCCUAUCACCACGAUCGGACAAAGGCUGUGGUAAGUUAAUAAUGGCUUCAUCAAAGGCCCAUCAGCACGGCCGAUCACCACGAUAGGCAAUGGUGAUAGGCCAUUGAUGAAGCCAUUAUUAACACCACAGCCUUUGUCUGAUCCAUCCUUGCCCCACCUCCCCGCAACUUGAAACUAAUUUAUUUUCUGUCUUUCCCAGUUCCAAUGAAGGGUCUUCAACUUGAAAUGUUAACUCUGUUUCAUUUAACAUGGGUGCUGCCUGAACCACUAAGUGUUUCCAACAUGUUCGGCUUUUAUUUUGUAAUUCUAUGUAUUUAUUAACUCUCGCUCAAUGAAUAUGUGGAUCUGUUGCCACAGGUGAUGGUAUGUCUUUUGGUGUGCAAAGCUCUGUCCUCUAAGUAUCCUGAAAAAUUCAAGAAAUUAUCAAGUUUUCACUUUUCUCCUGGUUUGGUAUUAGCAAUAUAGUGUUUUGCUUGGGAAAAUUUUCUGCCAGCAAAAUAAUUUCCUCAGUAUUGUUAAAUCUGAAAUUUGAGACCUCUAUGAUUAGUCUAUUGAUCCGCUGAAUCGAGGAUCUAUGAAGAAAAUUUGCUGGGGAGCAGAGUGUAACGUUCUGACAUGCUUGCAGGCACCUGUGGGUGGGAGAGGUGUGCAUUGUUACAUCAGUUGCUGAUCUCUUAAAAGUAUCACAUUAUUUGCUUAAAUUGAACUCGGAAAUUAAACGAGUUAUCAUCGAGAACUGUGGUAAUAAUGAGGUGGCUUUGUUUUCAAGGUCAGAAGUUUAAAAGUGUCUUUAAAGUAAGAGAAUUGGACAUUGGUCAUUCUAGUCUGUAAUAUUGUGAGACAAAAUUUGUGUUCAUUUCAGAUUCCUUUAACUGCAAUAAAAAAAACAUGAAAUUUAAAUGUAUUAAUAUCUCUAUUGGACCAACAAUUCGGUGCAAACAUUUUGAGUAAUUGCACAACAAUAAUGCUUAAUGUUUUGACCACAGGGAUUUGUAAUUUGCUAUUAAAUUCAUGGUGGAGUAGUAUUCUACCUUUUACUGAACAUGCUGAGACAUGAACAUAGAUAUGAAUAUAAACAUGAACGGGGCGACAUUGGAAAAUGUGUGAAAUCAACAUCACUACAACAAACAGGUUGAAUUCUGUAAGAAAUAAGGGGAAGAAUGUGGUUAUAAUACAGUACGUCACAAACAAUCCAUUGAUGAAGAGGGGAAGCAUUAUUUCAAUUAUACAUAAAAUGUUCGACUCCUUAUAUGGCUGCAAUGUUGAAUAUGUAGAAGCCAUUGACCAGAAUUUUAAAAAACUAAUCAAAAAAUGUGACAAAUGGAGACACAAGAGACUGCAGAUGUUGAAAUCUGGAGCAAAAAUACAAAUUGCUGGAGGAACUCAGCAGGUCGAGCAGCAUCUGUGGAGCAGAGGGAUGGUCAAUGUUUUGGGUCCUGCAUUAGGACCUGAAAUGCCGACUAUUCACCUGCCUCUGCAGGUACUGCCUCACCUGCUGAGUUCCUCCAGCAGUUUUAUUUUUACAAAAAAUUCAGAAAAAUUGUUCAGGCAAAUAUACCCACAGGAGACUAUGUAGAUAUAAAUUUCAGGUUUAAGAAUUGGGAAACACUUUCACAAUGACUUCAUCCUGAAUUAGUGAUUGGCUUCCUCAACAAUAGCUAAUUCAUCUGUUUCUUCAUCCCAAGGCAUUCGUGGUUUUUUGCCUUGAUUUCAGCCCUGAUUACAGGAUACCUUUACAGGGAGAACUUAUAGAGCAGGCAAAAAAUAACUGUAUAAUCUUUGUGUGCAAAUGCGGCCACACAGGUAGCUGCCAACUGGUGAACAGCUCAGGUGUGUCUUAUUUGAAGAGGUACCCUCGUUUACCAAAGAGGGCAACAUUUCUUUGCUGCACUUCUUAGAUGCUUAGAGUUAUAGAGUUGUACAGCAUAGAAACAGGCCCUUUGGCCCACUGUAUCUAUGAUGACCAUCAUGACUAGCUAUACUUAACCCACUUGCCUAUAUUAAUUCACGUCCCUCUGUGCCUUGCUCAUUCAAGUACCUGUCCCGAAAGCUCUUAAAUGUUCUUACUGUUCCUUCCUCCACCACUUCUUCUGCCAGAAGAGGCAGCUCAAACCAGAUACCAAUGUGUAUGUGAAAAAUUUACCCCUCAGAUCCCUUUAAAACAUCUCCCUCUCACCUUAAACCUAUUCCCUCUAGUUUUAGACACCACUAUCGUGGUAAACAGACACUGACUAUCUACCCUAUGCAUUCCUCUCAUAAUGUUAUAUAUCUCUAUCAUGUCACAUCUCAGCCUCCUUUGUUCCAAGGAAAACAGACCCAGCCUAUCCAAUCUCUCCUUAUAACUCAAGCCCUUCAAUCCAGGCAACAUCCUUGUGAAUCUUUUCUGUACCCUCUCCAGCUUAAUCGCAUCUUUCCCAUAGUGCGGUGCACACAAUACUUCAAGUGCAGCCUAACCAGCGUCUUGUACAGCUUUAACAUGACAUCCCAACUCUUAUACUCAAUGCUUCAGCUGAUGAAGGCAAGCAUGCCAUACGCCUUCUUCACCAUCCUACCUAUCUGUGUUGCCACUUUCAGGGAACUACUGUAUGUACUUUUACCCCUAGGUCUCUGUGUGCAACAACACUUCCCAUUCACUGACAUUCACUGUGUAUGUUGCGCCCUGGUUUAACUUCCUAAAAUGCAUCACAUUGCACUUCCCUCUCAUUCACUUUCCCAGUUGAUCUAAAUUUUGUUGUAAUCUUAAAUAACCUUUUUCACUGUCCAUUAUACCACCAAUUUUGGUGUAAUCUGCAAACUUACUAAUCAUGCCACCUACAUUCUCAUCCAAAUCAGUAAUAUAUAUGACAAACAACAGAGGACCCAGCAACAAUACCUGUGGUACACACAGUCACAGGCCUCCAAUCUGAAAAACAACCCUCUACCUCCUACAAGCAAGCCAAUUUUGCGUCCAACUGGCUAACUCACCUUGGAUCCCAUGUGCUCAAUCCUUCCAGACCAGCCUCUCAAGUGGGACUAUGUCAAAAGCCCUGCUAAAGUCCAUGUGGACAACGUUUAUCAUCCCGCCCUUGUCAAUCCUCUUGGUCACCUCUUCAGAAAAACUCAAAUUCAUAAGAUGAGAGUUGCCAUGCACAAAGCCAUGCUGACUAUCCCUAAUUAGUCUUUGCCUUUCCAAAUGCAAAUAAAUCCAGUCUCUCAGUCCUUUUCAAUAACUUUGCCACUGUUGAUGCAAAGCUCAUUGGCCUGUGGUUCCCUGGCUUAUCCCUGCUACCCUUCUUAAAUAAGGGCACAACACUAGCCAUACUUCAGUCUUCCAUCAACAUUUCCCCGUGAUUCCUCUGAGAAAGCAAUUACCAUGUUCCUUUGUUCAGCUGUGAUUUUUUCUCUACCCAGCCAAAAUGAAGCAUCCCUUCAAGAACUCCAUUUGCAACAUUUUUCCUGUCCUCCCUUAAUGCAAACCAGAAGCUUGAUAUAAAUAGUAGAAAUCCCAUCAAGUCAGGUGUGUGCAAUGCCAUCAAGUUCUAAGCUCACUGUUCUGUGGUGUCAUGAUGUGAGCACCAAAAUUAUAAAACAAAAACUUCAUAUAUAACUAUUGCUUAGACUUAUUCCACUUUGCACAUGACAACAACUUCAAUUACUUAUGUUGAAACUGGGGUGGGAUCCAGCUCCCUGAUGAUUUAGUGCAGCACCAAAUUAAACCCCAUUGCUUAUCACAUUAUGUAAAUUUUAUGUCAAAUUCAGUAGAUUGUCUCUGCAGUUACUAGUCCUGUAACAUAACAUUAACAGUGCAGAAACAUGAUCUGCCCAACAAGUCAAUGCUUUGAUUAUGUACCACCCAAACCACAUCCCCACUUGCUUCACCCUACUUUGGUCACAUAUCUAAAGAAAGCAAGUCUGACAGUGCAUCAUUCCCGCAGUAGCAACCUUUGUGCUUAAUCCUCUGGAGUGAGACUUGAACGCACACCUUCUGACUCAAAUGGGUGGUUAUAACUAUACAGCCACAGUUAGCACCUAAUAUUAAUUUUAAUUGGUCCUUUCUGACUGUUUGCAAAUUCAGUCCUUUUGUUCUUUGUAUUGCAAUAGGUCAGAAAAGGUCAAAGAUACAGAAUGCUCUCAAAAGGUUUCUGACCCAUUCUAUUUCUAUCCUUUUUUCAUUUGCUUGUAGCAGCCUCAUCAGUGCAGAUGUCACAGGAACAAAACCAAGGAGAAAUGUUGGUUUUGAAUGUAGCUAAUUUGUCUGUAGAGCUAGAGAGCUCAUUUGCAAAAUGAAAAUAUAUAUUUGGGAGUUGUGGUCUUCAUAAAUAAUAAUUUAUGGCCUUUUUAAAGUGCAAGAUUUAGAAAUAGGAUAUUGAAUAUUUUAGUAUAGAAUGCUGUCAUUUUGGUAGAUUUCUUUUAACCCACUCAAAUGAAGUUAAUAUCUUCAUGGUUGUGAUACCUUUUUCACAAAUUGAACUCAUCAGUCACUGACUUUGUUUUGGAAGAUAUUGGUGUUCAACAGCUAAAACAAAGCAUGAAUGUCUGUUUUGCAUGUGCAGCUUAUGCACAGUGAGACAUGUGCUGCUACCUGCUAACAUGUACGGAAUAUUUACCGCUGUAUUCACUGUUUUUUUCAUGUAAGGAAAUCAUGUAUUCAGAUGUUUUAUUUCAUGUUAUAAUUAUUAAGUAAUCAAAUGAUUGAUGUACUCCAAUAAAUUUCAUGAUAUUCUUACGUAUCAUAACUUUGUACAGUGUGCUAAAGCUUUAAGGUGAAACAAUGCGUGUAGUUGCACACCUCACUCAAGUGAAGGAUUCCUGCUUUGUCCUGUCAGAGUGCGUGGCUUAUGAUUAAUUUAGCUAUGGUCUACAAGACAUGGCCUGAUUGUUAUAUCAUAAAACAUUUUAUGUAAAACUCAUUAUAAAAACAACUUGUGUUCUGAUUGUGUGAUGUACAUUUAAAGUUGGCUUCAUUUUUUAUUGAGUCAGUUGUAAUUUUUAUCAUCGUGCUUCUUCUCGCAGUCUGUCUGCACUACCAGGGUACAACUGCAUAUUUAGUAGGACUGCUGAAGUGUCCCAUUUUAUUUGCCUAAAUAACAUGUUUAAAGAAGUUAAGUACCAUUUAUUGGGACCAGUUUUGCUUAUAAGUUAAAGAUAAGCAACAGUGUUCUUUGUCACGUAAAGAUCCUACUUGUUGAAUGGAGUUUUUAAAUAAAUAACUUUC